AGAAAACCAAACUGCAGAUUUGAAUGGCCACAGAAUUGAUUGGGUGUUUCUAUUGUAACCGAGACAUGGCAUCGGCAAAUCUGAUAUGUUUCUGAAACCGAAAGGAACCAAAUCUUUUAUUCAGAAAACGGAUAUCAGAUACCAAACGGUGCCAGAUAAAUUCAUAAAUAAUCGAUAUAUAUAAUCGACAGUUACACCAACACCAAAGACAAAUAAAAGGAAGAAAUAAGGACACAUCAAUCCAGACAUGGCCUUCUCCACCACCACCACAAACCCAGCUUGCAGGAUUCAAACCCUCGUCAAACCCUACCCGCAAUCUUCACUCUUCCCCAAUUUACCCCUCAAUCCCCACAAAUUUACGCUUCUGCCAUCCAAACCCUCUUCCAUUUCUUGCGUUCUUACCACCAAGCCGCAAGUAAUGGGCCAAGAAGAGAACAGUGGGUCGGGUUUGGGUGUUCUUCAGAGACCCGAUUCGUUUGGUCGGUUUGGGAAGUUCGGUGGCAAGUAUGUGCCUGAGACUCUUAUGCACGCGCUUACGGAGCUUGAAGCCGCCUUCAAAGCUCUUGCUAGUGACCAAGAUUUUCAGAAAGAGUUGGAUGGGAUACUGAAAGAUUAUGUUGGUCGAGAAAGCCCUCUUUACUUUGCAGAACGACUAACUGAGCACUACAAACGCCCAAACGGGGAAGGGCCACUCAUCUACCUCAAGAGGGAAGAUCUUAAUCAUACGGGUGCACACAAGAUUAAUAAUGCUGUUGCACAAGCAUUGCUUGCUAAACGAUUGGGAAAGAAGCGUAUCAUAGCUGAAACUGGGGCUGGUCAGCAUGGUGUUGCCACUGCCACUGUAUGUGCACGCUUUGGCUUGCAAUGCAUUAUUUAUAUGGGUGCUCAAGAUAUGGAAAGACAGUCACUUAAUGUUUUCAGAAUGAGGCUUCUUGGUGCAGAGGUCAGAGCAGUUCAUGCUGGGACAGCCACAUUGAAGGAUGCUACAUCAGAAGCCAUACGGGACUGGGUGACUAAUGUGGAAACAACCCAUUACAUAUUGGGAUCUGUUGCAGGGCCACAUCCUUAUCCCAUGAUGGUAAGAGAGUUUCAUGCUGUGAUUGGUAAAGAAACAAGGAAACAGGCAUUAGAGAAAUGGGGUGGAAAACCAGAUGUGUUGGUUGCAUGUGUUGGUGGCGGUUCAAAUGCAAUGGGGCUUUUUCACGAAUUUGUUGAAGAUGAAGAUGUAAGGUUGAUUGGUGUGGAAGCGGCAGGAUUUGGCCUUGAUAGUGGAAAGCAUGCUGCCACCUUAACAAAAGGAGAGGUCGGGGUGCUGCAUGGAGCUAUGAGCUAUUUACUACAGGAUGAUGAUGGGCAGAUAACUGAGCCUCAUUCAAUUAGUGCAGGACUGGACUACCCCGGAGUUGGACCGGAACACAGUUUCCUUAAAGAUAUGGGGCGUGCUGAAUAUCAUAGUAUUACCGAUGAAGAAGCUCUGGAAGCUUUUACAAGAUUAUCUCGACUUGAGGGCAUAAUUCCAGCGUUGGAGACUUCUCAUGCACUAGCUUAUUUGGAGAAACUGUGCCCAGACCUACCAAAUGGGACAAAGGUUGUGCUUAAUUGCAGCGGUAGAGGAGACAAGGAUGUUCAAACAGCGAUUAAGCAUUUAAAAUUUUAAUGGGUGUGCUUCUGUAACUUCUAUAGAGUUGUCCUGCCAUAAUGGUUAUAACUUCUAUACAUGUGUUUGAGGCUGGUUUUCUGUCAAAGGAACACAAACUUUCUGUUUGAAUAAAGUAUUUGCAUGAAUUUGUUCUAAAAAUUUGUUUUAUUA